UUAAAUUAAAGGAAUAAUAAUGCCUUUUUUUCAUCGGCUAACCGAAGUUUGUCUCAACCAAGGCAGAAAGUUAAUAACCAAGAUUCUUUAUCGAACCGAAUCUUAAAUUUGCAGUGUAUAUUGUCUAAAUCAAAUGGUACAAACAUCUGCUAUAAAACACAGAUAUAUGUACGUAUUAUACGAUUACGUCGACACUAGGAACAAGUUCUCAUUGUUCUACCGGCUUUUGUGAAAAUCCAAAUCGAAAAGGUGUUUGAUUAUGAUGUUGCUUUUUAAAUGAAUAACUUAUGGGUCCCCGGCAGUGAUUGUGAUUGUCUUUUUGCAUUGUUUAAUUUAACAAAAACAUUAUAAGGCUAAUAUCAAUAAUAAUGCCCAAACAUACAUAUGGAGAAUCUACAUACGUUUGAAAAGCUUAAGAAAUUGUUUAGUCGCCUUUGCCAGUUCUGGGGCCAGUUUUAUUGAUCUACUUUCGAAUUAUAGACGACUAGAUUCUCUUGGAAUGUUAGUAUAUAAAUAGUCUUGGCAUGGCCAAUAAAGUCAACAGAAAUCAUUUAACCAACCACCAACCAACAAACCAAUCAAAUCAACAUGAAGUUCUUCAUUGUCUGCCUACUGAUUGCUGCCUGUCUGGCUCUAGCUCAGAGCAGUGUCAUCCAUGGUGGUGCUGCCUAUGUGGCUCCAGUUGCCUCUAUUGCCACAGUGCCGGUGGUUCGUCAUAUUCCAGUGGUCCGUCACGUUCCAGUUGUCCGUCAUGUGCCCGUUGUUGAAUCUGUUCAAGUUGUCCAGCCCUUAGCCGUGCGUCGCACUCUGGUUCCAGUUGUUGGCUCUUCGGUUGUCCGUCUCGGUCAUGGAUCAAUCUAUGAUACUCCUUUGGCCUACGGUGGCUUCCUUAAGCAGAAGUAAAUCAUUCAGAGUACUAAGUCUGAGAACAUUUGACAACCGUGA